AUCUCAAAAACCACAACUUUGAAAAUCACAUUAAUCUCUUGCUAACUUAGCCUAUAAUCUGUUAUAUCAUGGGUUACUCAACUGUGAUGACUAAGGUUGUCUGUUUGGCAAUUGUGUGCCUUGUGAGUUUUGGUCCCAAGGCUGGAGAAGCUGUGACAUGUGGUCAAGUUGUGAACGGCUUAAUGCCAUGUGUUUCUUACAUAAUGAAUGGUGGGAAUGUGCCUGAGAGGUGUUGUAAUGGAAUUAGGGGUCUUAAUACCAUGGCUCAAACCCCUACUGAUCGUAGAGCUGUUUGUACCUGCAUUAAGAAUGCUGUUACCUCAAGUGGUUUCUCCUACUCUAACACCAAUCUUAACAAUGCUGCUGGCCUUCCAACCAAAUGCGGGGUUAACAUUCCUUACCGUAUCAGCCCCAAUACCGACUGUAAAAGUGUGAACUGAGGUUGAAACAUGAUGUGUGGAGCAAUAGAUCAAGAAGAAGGAUGCUAUAUGUUAGUUUAUUUUAUAGUGUGAGAAUAAAGAGGCCACUCUCAUGAGUGACGUGAGAAAGAUCACUGAAGUUGCUUCUUUCUGGCUUUAAGUUAUUGUAUCUGUGUUUGUGUAUGGUUGUACUGUUUGUGGACACUAUAGCAUAAAUAGAGAGUUAAUUAUCAAAAUAAGUUGAUGGAUAUUGUAAGAUGUUGUUCUUUCUUAACUAAUGAUAUAUCAUAUAUGUUAUUAAAUAAACUCAAAUCAGUUUCAAACAAA